GCUUUGAGGAAAAGGCUAAAGUUGCACGAUUUGAUCGUGACCCGGGACGUGACAUGUUCGACGAAGUAAUCCGACCCAAGGCCUACGAACUGAGUCAGUGUCUGGAGACCGCCUCCAUCCUUCGCAUUCUCGAGGGCAAGCGCAUCAUCUCCCGUGACGAGCGGGAGACCAUCGAGGACAAGCGAAAUCCGACCGAGUGUGCGUUAACCUUGAUCGACUCUCUCGAGUCCAAGACGGUCACACAGCAGAAGGAGUUUCUGUCCAUUCUCUACAAGCAGGCCCCCAAGGUCUCGUCAAUUGCAAAGGAACUCCUGCAGCAGUAUCUGGUUGGAUCCAACCAGAAGAAGAAGCUGGCACUGACCAUCUGGCACUCGACGGCGCUGAAGAGCAAAGAGCAUCCGAUCACGCUGCGAAUCUUCGACAAGUCCGACAAGUCCUGCCUAGUUCAGGAAGUGCAGCCGAUCAAGGUCGACAAAGACGCCAUCAUGCAGCUGAGAAUCGCUCUGGACAGCUGCACGGAAACAACUCAGCAACAGGUUGCACUGGAAGGGGUCGAAGCGGAUGCGGAUGACGGCGUCGAGACGAAUGCGACGACCAUGAGGUGCACGAAACUCAAGCUGCUGGCGCUGGCCGGUGACAGGGAGUGCGUGGAGCGUAUCCUAGGCAAUCAUGAGGUGGUGGACGCGGAGAGUCUGGCCGAGCUGCGGCUGGAGUGCGCCGACUACAGCUCCAGCGUGUCGUGUUUGGUCAACCCGGACGGCGAGAAGGCCUACUUGACGCUGGACAUUCACAGAAAUGAGCCAGUUGUCAGCGCCUGUCAGCUCGUCAAGAUGGCAAUGGAGGCAUCAGAUUCUAUCCUACUGGCCAUCAGUGACGAGGAUCUGAUGCUGGGUGGGAAUGCCAUGCCUAGGCCAGCGUCGAACAGUGCUGCCAGGAGCCUGUUUCUGCAGCGCAAGCGAGCAGCGCGCAUGCAGGAUGGUGGUGGUGCACACACUACAUUAUCCGCUCCUCAGUCUGACUUAUCGCGCAACCCGAUGAAGAUCCUGACGACGAUGUACGGAAUGUACGGCAGCAAAUGUGCACUGAACCUGAGCACCAGGCAUCUGGCCGUGGCCAUCACUCAACCGUACCGCCAGAUGCCGUUCAACCCAGAGUGCGUCGACACCUGGCGCGAGGCCAUUCGUAAGUCGUUUGAUCUGACCGCACGCGAAUACUACACAGGCUACAUGGACAUCGGCGACAGGUCGCGAGCACCGUUACUGGAUGAUGAUAUCACCGUACGACCUUUGGAAAAUAUCAAUUUGGAACGUACGCUACGGCAGCCGAAGGUUCAGUUUGAUCAACUUUUCACCAACAUGGCACUGGGUCCGUGUAUACCGGUCAUGUCGGUGGUUAUGCCUCCUCAACACUUGGACACCAUUCGGCAACAGCAGCAACAGCAGCAACAGCAGCAGCAACAACAGCAGCAGCAGGCUCAACAGGACCAUCAUUAUGAGCAGCAGCAACAGCAGCCUACGAUAUAUACGGAUGGAGCAUUGCUGCAAUCUGCGGCAGUUGUGGCGGAAAACGAGCCGAUCGGCAGCGAGAUUGAGCACGGGCCAGGAGAUGGCGGUGCUGCCGCAGAUGAUCCAGGAGACCACUCAUCUUCAUCGGCGGUAUAUCGGCAGUGCUUUGCGACAUCAACCGUACUACAUGAAGCCGAUUUGACGAAGGAGGGGAGCACAAGAGAAUUUUCCGAAUCAAUCCAGGACUUGAUCAAGGCCAGUCCAUUGGCAGAUGAGCUGAAAGCGACGAAGCACAUCACGUACUCGGCCACGGUUAUCUGCGACACCGAAGGUAGCGCAAUGACCAUCGCCAACAAGUGCAAUGGGGGAAUGAUCUGUACGACUGUGCCGCUUGAUACCAGGGUUCAAGUGGACCGUGGCACCGACGACCUUGCGGGUGAGCCACAGGACCUGCGCCACGCCAGGUUGCUGCUCUCAAUACGGCAGAUUGGACUGCGACAGUACAACUUCUUUGUCCCGCACGGCUUGGACCUUCUCGGCGAGGACCCGUUCACUGAGGCUGAGGUGGCUCUGCUGCUGCCGGCUAUAGCUGUGAGCAAUGUGUUUGCAGUCUGCUCCAGCAACCCUCGCCAGGCGCUGCAACGGCUGGUCCACGCUAUGCAACGCCUGAGAUCGUAUGUGUCAGCGUUGAUCAAAGACGGCGGGAUAAAUCGCAAUCUGGUUGAUGAGAAGCUUUUCACGGGCAAGCUGAUAGUUAUACCGACACACUCGGCCACCCAGCGCACGACCAAUGGCCGUGGCCGAGCGAACGAAGUGCAGCAGUAUCUCACUGACGUAGGCGAUAUCGAUACGCUGCUGACGUUCUUCGACGACUACGACGAGCUGCCCUGUUGCUGUUGCUGUGGUGACAGUGCUGAGCUGAAGGGAGCCGGUGACGGUGUGUUGGUUAGCGCGGAGCACUAUGCAAGUGUGAGCAUAGCUGCGGAGCUCAAGAACGCCGGGCAGCUGUUCGACUCCGCCGAGUUCCACGACUCCCUCUGCCUCGUUCUUGGCGCGGGCGCCGGCCUCGGUAAAUUCGAAUCCCUGAAGCUGCUGCUCAUCUAUCAUCGGGAGGCCAUGCAGUUCUACAACUUCUUGCUGAAUGCUUUGAAGAAUGGCCAGUGGAACAAGGAAGACAUCGCCGCAAGCGCUGACAAGAAACUGGUGAUCCUGCACAAAGAUGAACCGCUGGAGCCGUCCCAACCUCACCAGUACAACUGGUCCGCUGACGCCCGUCUGCGACUAGACCUGCCCGAGGUUGACAUCAAGGACGAGAAAAUUAGUCACUCCCUGGCGAAAGUGACCGCGAUACUCACCAAGGAGGGGAAGACGAUGCUUUGUCGCCUACGCUCCGACGUGGCAACCUCCCUGAAGUCUUUGCAACGACGAGAUGAUUCGCGCGCAGGAGACUGGAGGGCAGCGGAUCCCGAGCGCUUCUUCCAAGCAAUGAAAACAGCGGUGAAGCAACUGCUAGAGCGGCGUGUGGCUGCGGUGAAAAACCGAGCCAAGGUGCACGUCGACAACCUGCAAGGCAAGAAGGACCUGUUGAUGGAGAUGGAAAAGUGCUUCAAGUUCUUCCGUGGCUACUGGGAGCUUUGCGGUGGGCGCUGCUCGCAUCGGCCGUGCUAUUUCAGGUGCCUGCGGCCCAAAGGGCACAGCGAGUACGAGGUGUGCAGCUGCCUGCACAGUGCGACCGGCGAGAAAGAUCAACACUAUUGCGGACGCGACUGCCACUGGUGCAUUCACAACGCCAGCAUACAGAAGAAGGAGAGGUGCAUUCUCGGAACCGGCCACGAAGGCAGAUGCCAGUGCCGGUCAACUGAAGACAUGCUGACGCACCAUCGCUGCGAAGGCAAAUGCAAGUUCAAGGAGGCACGCGUCCACCAACCAGGUCCCGAACGCAAGGAUGACCGCUGCAAAGAGCUAGCUCUGCACAACAUGGCCGACGGCGGGAAUAAACCAGAUUGCAGAUGCUCUGAGGAAGGUCACAAGUGCGCGAGUACCUGCAGCAUUCCAGUCAGACGCCAGGAGAGAGACGCACCCGACCGCACUUGUCCGCAGUACUGCAAGGAAGACCUGGAAACGAAUUAUUCACAUCGGGAGCAUCAAUGCCAAUCAGGACACUCGUGUGCAGAGAUAUGCCAAGUAGAAGGAAUUUGCUUCUGCAUUGAAAAUCCAGAAGAUGAUGACAAAAUUGCGUCUGCCAAGCGUAGCGAUCCGGACAUCGUCAGCUAUGCAUGCAUCGGGAAGAAUGGUUACAGGAAGUUCUGCAGCACCAAGCUGGAACCACUGCAGCGGGGGCAUGAUGGCGUGGCGGAAAACGGAAUCAAACACGCCUGCUCAACCGAAGUUCACACUUGCAAACACGCGUGCCCUCUUUGCAAACGCCUCUGCCAUCGUCAUUUUCGCCAUGAAGGUGUGUGCGAAAUACGACAUGGUGAAAUCUGGGAACCUGUAGGCAAUGUUCGUGAUGGCUGGACCCAGGACUAUUCUGGCUCUGAUAGUGGCCGUGCACUGCGCUGCGAUGAGCUCUGCCUUAAAGCUGGACGAGGCCACGAGCAUGUCGUACGGAAAACAAACCGAGACGAGCCAUUUCGACUGGCACUGACCACCUCCGAUGACGGCUGCAAAGCAUUCUUCGGCCGCGAUCUACCGCAGAAGAACUUUGAACGUUCGCAGUAUUACGUCAUCACUCAUGCUACGUACUGGAAGCAUUACAAGAUUGAGGACCCGUAUGCCAGUCAAGAGCAGCGUGAGUUUGCUAGCUGUCCGAUGCGGUGUCCUGACCAACACGCGCCACCGGUUCCCUGCAAUGGGUCAAAAUGGCACGCCGAUUACCCUGACUACAGUGAGCCCGACAACAAUGGCUACGUGGGCAAGGCCGUGCUGCGAGAGAUUGACGGCCAAGAGGAACUCGCCUCGCCAGACAGCGAACGCGAACAGUUCAUUGGGCAUCGUUUCCCGUGCACCGAUCACCAGUGCGCGGGACGGUGCGGAUUCAAACAGAAAGGCGAGAGCUGCAUGAGCGGAUCUAACCGCUCCCGCUGUGCAAAGCCAGCUGGACAUACCGGUAUGUGCUCGUGUGGUGAGGAGCAUGUCUGCGGUGGGCGGUGCUCGGCUAUCACGAACGCAGGCCAAUGUGAGCAACGGUGCAGUAGCCAGCUGGAAGAGAACGGCCACCAGGUCAGCGACCGUGAGCAUUGCUGUGACAGUACGCAGUGCAUGAUAACAUGUAAGAUCGGCGACUGCGAGAAAGAUUGCCAUCAUCAGGGCACAUCGCACGACCACUUGCACGAGGUGAUCAACGGCACCGCAGUCGUACACCAUUGCGGUGACGAACAUCCCUGCUCGCGGCCUUGCGAGAGCAAGGGGAUUUGUGUGAGGGUCUCGCCACACGGCUCGGAAAAGAAGCUGUUCGAUCCUGGCACCAUGGAACGCGUGAGCAGCGAUGGAAACGGCUACCGUUUGAAAUGUGGGAUCAAAUGGCCAAUCGGUGAGAGCCACCACACUGAGAGCGUUCAUCGUUGCAAGCAGGAAAAACACACGUGCGACAAACAAUGUCCUGGCUGCCGCCAAUACUGCUCCUUAAAAUAUGGCCAUGCCGGUCGCCACAGUCUCGAUGAACAUGGCCCGUUCAUAAGCGAAUUCCACGUCGUACGCAGCGGACGGACGGGCAAAGUAGAAGAAACUGGCCAACGCACUUGCGAUGCGCUGUGCCGCGAAGCUGGUCCCGGCCACACGCACUGCACGACAGCAGACUCUGCACACGUGUGUGACGGCAAGAAGUGCAAGGUCCACUCCGCGUUCUGGAAAGAACUUGGAAACGAACGUGGAUUCGCCGAUCCUUGUGGAGACGUGCUGACGGACCUGGACAGGUGCCCAGUGCAAUGCAAUGGUGAUGACCACCAGGCUGGACAGGACAUCUACUGCGUGGCUCCAAGGUUCCAUGGUCGCAAAUGGAAGUCGACGACGCAGGACAAACAAUUUCGAUUGUACCCUGGGCUCAAAUGCUUUGGCAAAGACGAAUACGGCCGCAGUCUGGAGGGGCAUUGGUUCUCCUGCACCACUGACCACGCAUGCCAGGGGCUGUGCUCCAAUGCAAAAUGCCGGCAAGAAGCCGACACAACGGAUAUCCAGUGUCAGCACCUCCGCCACCAGCAUGGAAACCUCAAAUGCCAGUGCAAAAAGCCCAGCCAUCAGUGCGACAAGAAGUGUCAGGCCGAUGGAUGCCGCGGGGGCAUCUGUACAAAGGAUGCCUUUCAAUCUGGCCAUGCUCGUCAUCUAUGCGAAAAGGAGGACUGCAGCGGGCAUUGUUCUUACAAUGGUUGCCAAGGGGAUUGCAAGAACCCGAAGCACAAGCAUAUACCGGACAACGAAGACGCUCACUACUGUGACAAGCCGCACGACUGUACGGAGUACUGCACAGAACAAGGGGUGUGUCAUGUUACAACGUUAGCAGGUCCCGAUCCAGCCGGCAGCAAGCCCUACUACGUUCCAUCCACCAUGUUUAGCAGCAGGAAGGCGAGCAUCACAGCGUUUCGACUGAGAUGCCGGCACCCCUGGGAGGACGGACCUAAAGGUCAUGGAUCAGCCAAGCACUCGUGCCAGGCGCCAGUCCACACCUGCGAGGAGCAAUGUCCGUUCUGUAAUUAUCACUGUGAACUACCUCUCGGCCACAAGACAAAGGAUGGAAGUGAUCACCGAAUCAGCGAACAUGGACCAAUCGUUUCCCAGGCAAUACUCAAGAUUUGGCAGCGCCAAGAGGACGGUGGCAACGGUAUGAAGCAACUGGAGAAGAACUUCGGCGCUCGGUCCGUUACGUGCACGCAGCUUUGCGAAAAGGGUGCCCGCGGUCACUUUCACGUUUUGUCAGGAAUGAUCAGCUCCUCAACCCAGACCCACGGUGAUUUCUGGAAAACCUCCGGCUUUGAAGAUCCUGCCAGCGCAGAGAACCGCAAGGUCUUCGACAGUUGUCCCCAUCCUUGCACAUUGAGCGAUGGUGAUGGCGAUGACUUCUGCCAAUAUGCCGUUAACCAUACCAAGCCUGUUGUUAGAGGAUCUCAGUCAUCCCUGUAUCCACUUCAUCGCUGCGGACGCGAGCAUGGGUGCAGUGGCCAAUGCAAGGGACCGGGCAUGUGCAUAGUGGCGAAGCCACUGAAACCAGGCGAGAGUCUGCCAGAGGGGAGAAUCAAAACUGACCGUCCGAACGGCUUCAAACUUGCUUCCUGCAGCAUACCCAUUCCUGCUGGCAAACUCCGUCACUCGGAGGGUCACAACUGUGGUCGCUCACACUACUGUGACAAGUUCUGCCCAAUGUGCAACUUCUCUUGCACUGAGCUGCUACCUCACGACGGGGAUUGCUCCACGGAUCACGGUGAAAUACCCAAGGGGACUCUUGGCGAACUUCGCAUACUGCAGCUGGACAAGAAGCAGGCGUCGUAUCCGGACACGCCGAUAACGUGUGUGACAAUGUGCCAGCACGCAGGCCCGUCGCACACGCAUCACCGCCUGAGCAACCUCAACACAGGGUCAUCGGUCGACACUGACGAUAGUAGCAUGCUGCAACAGGUCUCACACUGCAGCUUUUGGAAGCAAGCUAAGUUCAAAGACCCGCAUCCGAAAGAGGAUUCCACUGUGUUCAACGCUUGCCCUGUUCUCUGCGAGCUGCCUGGUCACGACUCAGAGCGUCGCCAGUGUGUUGGAGAUAUUCAUCAUAAACCGUACGGUGCAGAAGAUGAGGUAGACGAGGGCUUUGUAGGAGAACGGCGGCACGGUGAGAUGCAGGGACAUCGGUUCGAGUGUGCGGAGCAUGCAUGCGGCCAGCCAUGUACAUCCUACUCCGCCGGAGAGCAGUGUAAAGGGAACUGUGCGCUGCUUGAAGGCCACGACAAGAGUGCGCAGCCCUGCAAGUGCAAAUCAGCACACACCUGUCACAUGCAAUGCCAAUAUGCCAACUGCAAACAGCCGUGCUCAAUGGAUGACAGUCAUAAAGUCUCGCACUCCAGCCCUCUGCAACACUACUGCCGGAAUAGCCACAAGUGCAAGGUAGCAUGCAACAAGCCUGGACCAUGCAAAGUUGUCCCAGAAAUAGAGAAAGAAAGCUUCAUCAGUGAUAAUUCCAAUGCUUCGAAGAUUGCUGGCAAUGCAUUCAAGCUUUUCUGCAACAUACCAGUGCCACCUGGACAAACCACACAUACUGGUGUGAAACACAGCUGUCAGCAGGAGCAUGGAUGUGACAAAACAUGUCCAUUGUGUGGCUUCCACUGUGAAACACCGGGAUCUACAACGCAUGAUCAGCAUCUAGUAGCACAGCACGGUGCUGUGCUGUCCAGUGCUCGGGCUAGUCUCCGGGAUGGAAAUGGCUCUACUCCUUCACAACUGCCAGAUGAUACAACCUGCCAUACUGUCUGUGGUAGCCUUGAAGAAAGUCGCUCACACAGUCAUGUUCCAGACCACGACCUGGUAGCAGCGCAUUAUAAAAAAUUCAACAUCAAAGGAAGUUACAAGAAGGAGGCAGAUAAGAAGUACAAAGUGACCCAUGCCCUAUUCUGGGAUGUGUACGGCUUUGCUGACCCCAGUGUAGACCAAGCAAAUGGUUUUGACAAGUGUACCGCACGCUGCCCAAGAGAUCAAGAGCACGAUGAAGAUAAAGUGUACUGCACACAGCUUCUGUAUCAUAAGACAGUUACACAAUCUGGCAUACCUGAGAUGCCUGGCUUUGCUGACAAUGGUCAUCACUUUCCAUGCGACAAUCAUCUAUGCAGGGAUCCUUGUGGACAGGCCAAUCAAUACGGUCCAUGUGCGGAACAGUGCAUGAGGCCACUCAAGCAUUCAAAAGCCCACGAUUGCGAGAAGGAGCACAAAUGUAACCAAGACUGCAGGGGAACUGACUGCAGUCGCAAAUGUGAUUUGAAAAUGGGUCAUGAUAAGAAAGAGAAAUGCCAUUGUGGCAUUGCAAAGUGCACUGCUAAAUGCGAUCACUGCGAUGCUGACUGUGCAGCUGAAGAUCAUUUCCACCAUCCUACUGGAUCCACUGUUCAUGACUGUGGUGCAACUCAUAUCUGCUCUGAAUCGAAGCGUACUGGUAACAAAGAUAUCAAGUGCAACACUGGCGAAGGAAACUGCACCCUGCCCUGUUUCAGUGAGCUGAAUUUUGACCAGAAAAUAGCUUUGGUGAAGGAUGGAACAUUGCCAGCAUUGAGGCUGCCCUGCAAACGCAUAAUUCCAGCUGGCCAAGCCAAACACGGUGCAGAACAUGCACAUCAUGAUGAUGCUUCCCAAUUGCAACAUACCUGCAACGCCUUUUGUCCAACGUGCGGAGAGUGCUGCGAUAAGCCGGUUCAUGCUGACGAUGAAUUGCACAGCACAACACAUGGAAAAUACCUGUCUCUUCGGCCAGCAGGGAUUCAGCAGCAUGGCCUUUCUCCUUGGAGAGUUGUGGACACAGAGGAUAAUUCCAUGGUGUCACCAAAAUCUCAGCAAACAUCCGACAACCCACCAUCAGUGACCACCUGCAGCACUGUGUGCUCCUCUCUAAAACGACAGCACCACCACUGCAAAGUCAGAGUGGAUAAAGAGAGCCUCGACGUUACCUUCACCGAGCGAGUCACCCACAGCCAGUUCUGGAACGCUAUUGGUUUUGUGGACCCAUACUCCGAAGAUGAGACUGCGGAAUUUGACCAUUGCCAUGUCAAGUGCCAACACGCGUCCCAUGGUGAAACAGAAAUGUUCUGUGAAGGCAAGCAGCUUCACUCUGUUCCUCUGGCACCUAUAGCGGAUGGUAGCGAGCCAUUGAACCCCAGCCACACAUUUUCCUGUGACCACCCCUGCCAGGGACAGUGCCCGCUCAAAGACCUCUCUGGAAACUGCUUGGAAACCUGCGGAUUGCAGGAGGGCCAUGAGGGUCCCUGUGUCUGCAAGGAGACCAAGCACCGGUGCAGCAAACCCUGCGCUGUCCAAGAGAAAAACGGGUCCUCAGGUGAGCUCUGCAGUAUCAGCAGCACUUGCGCCAGAAUCCUGGACAUUUCAACGUUAGCUGAUGCUCACGAUCACAAGCAUCUCUGCGAUGCUAACGUCUGCAGUGGCACGUGCCAUGCUACAUCAUGCGGGGUCAAGUGUAGCCUUCCUCACGGCCAUGUACUCAUUGCUGACCAACAGCAGCAUGUUUGCAGCAAAGGCCACGACUGCAGUACAGCGUGCCCGUUCUGUGGCGCUCAGUGUCAUCUAGGCAAGCACAGUGAUGGAGUGCUACACCGAGCACGGCACGGCAAAUUGGUCAUGGACGCCAGGAAGAACCUGCAGAGCUUCACCGCCAACAAGGGCGAGUGGGUGAAGCACAACGACUACGACUACGUCGACGGCGAUGACAUGGAUAGCAGACCGGCUGUGCUGACGUGUGCGGAUAUCUGUGAGACUGCCGGUCGAGGUCACGUACACGCCCUGCCCUGCAGCGCCGCCGCCCGGCAUGCACACUGCACCGGAGAGCUCUUCCAUGAAGACUGCACACAGCUUCACAAAGGCAAUCGACAUCUGUGCACGCACAAGUAUCUCUGGGAGAAAGUCUACCAGUUCGAGCAGCCCACCAGCACUCUCAACGAAGAGUACGCAUUGUGUGGGGAGCUGUGCCAUGAUGGACACAAAACGUACUGCUCCAUUGAAGUCUUGCAUCGCCAGUGCUUGGACUCGACAGGGCCGCGUAUCAAGGAUGGCCACAACUAUCCCGACUGUGAUAUCGUUUGCGAAGAGAGCUGUGUUGGCGAACACCAUACACGGUCCAAGUCCUGUUCGCUGAUCAGGAGUCAUGCGGGCCCGCACCUGUGUCAGGAGUGCACGGAGCUGAACUGCCAGACACGCUGUCCGCUCUGCAGUCAGCGAUGUGUGCGUCGAAGCGGUCACGACCCCGGCCACUACGUGCUGCACGGCAAGAUACGCAGCAGCACCGGCGUACCAGUAGCCUUCUCGCCGGGCAGUGGCCCUGUGGAGCACGAGGGCCUGACGUGCAAGGAGGUCUGCAAGAGUGGCUCUCACUUCCACGUACUGCAGAAGUGCGGCGAUCGGUAUGAUACUGCGUGCCUGGCACGUCCCAGGAGCAAUGUUCAACACGACAUUCAGCGUGGUUUUGACUACGUCACUCAUGACGUGUUCUGGAAAGAAAGGCUCGAGUUCAGAAUGAAAACCAUGUGGACAAAGGGCAUGUGAACUUCGGAUUUUCAUGCCAAUAUGAUCUGCUGAUAUUGCAGUAUGAUUAAAACAGCCAGAAAAUCCAAGUGAGGUGUCAGUUCUCCUUUCUUCCAAAUAACGAUGCUACAUCCCGGCCUCCGCUGACUUGCUCAUGAUCUUCAUGUGGAAAUGGUGAAUCUGGUGUGUGCCGUUCACCCGUAAUCGUGACUCUCUCUCUCUCUCUCUCUCUCUCUCUCUCUCUCUCUCUCUCUCUCUCUCCCCCCCCCUCUUUCUCUCCAUUUUCCCUCUCUCUUUGUCUCUCUGUCUCUCUGUCUCUCCCCCUCACUCUCAACGCUCCGGCAUAGGAUACGAUGUGCCUUUCCUCCUUUGUCAAUUUUGCUCUUUCAUUAUUUUUGUUCCAUCAGAAGUUCAUCAGGCACAGGUGGAUAAGUCUACGUUAGUACGUGGUUUGUGCCAUCAACUAUUGCAAAGAUGUUCUUCUGCCCCCCCCCCCCCUCCCCGCCUGCAUCAUCAUCAAUUUUGCUCUUUCAUUAUUUUUGUUCCAUGCAUUGAACUAUACUUGCAUGCUGAGAAUUCAUCAGGCACAGGUGGAUAAGUCUAUGUUAGUACUACGUGAUCUGUGCCAUCAACUAUUGCAAAGAUGUUUUUCUGUCUCUCCCCCCCCCCCCCCCCCCCCGCCGCCCCGCCCGCAUUGCAAUAUCAUGUAUACUCAGUAUCACGUAUUCCCCCAGUCUCUAGCCGCACUGAUGCAGAAGCUUUUUUUCUUCUAUUUUUUUUUACAAGAGCCACAUUAUCCACAUGUCCUUUACGUCUCUGUUGCUCCUGACUGGCUAUCGACAUCCUUUGUCUUCACGGAGUUGCUGCUGCUGCUCUUGCUUUUGCUAUUCUUUCGUUUCCCUUCUAACCCCUACUUAUCUUUAUCGCCGUGCACGGUUGACUAUCAGCCUAUUACCCGCUCUCUUCACAUUGGUUGGUGUUUCCACUGCGUGGUCACACGGCAUUAUAAUAUGCAUGGUCUUUGCCCAUCAAAAUGUAUGUGAUUCGGA